GAAAACAUGGCCGACAAAGUAUCCUGCGAGGGACACGCGAACUUAAACAUAUUUUUGGUCAUGUUCCAGGUUGGUAUUCUUUCCAAAUUACACAGCAUAUUUUCUAUACAUUGUUACUUUGUGUUUUAAUGCCAAGUUAAGUUACGAGGAUCGACUGGAACAGCUGAAUCUCUUCUCUCUGGCCUACCGUCGUCACCGAGGAGAUCUGAUAUAUACCCGGCGCAUUCUCCGAGGCGAACUUGGUGAAGACCUGAGGGAGUAUUUCAUCUUAAAUAAUGAUACUUCGACACGUGGUCACAGUUUGAAGCUAUACAAACCGAGGAGGUUACGCAUCCAUGGUGACGCCACUCUCUCUACCCGUGUAGUUAAUAGCUGGAACCGCCUACCCGAAUCAUGUAUCACAGCCCAGUCAGAGGAAAGUUUCAAGAGAAGUAUUGACGCAGUGUUUAAAGUCUGAAAGGUGAAACUGCCGACCGCGGUAUCGGUACCGACUUCUUUCCGACAUUUCAACCGCGGCUUGGUAGCAUCCCUUCAACGUCCGGGAAGUGAAGGAGCUGACAAGGGAUUCUUCCCUCUGCUUUCUACCUCUCAAUGAAGUCAAUGAAUAAUGCUCAAUCACCACAACCUGCAACUAAAAACUGAAUGAUACCUGACAGGUUAGCAUAAGGCUAUUUCCUUUGGCGUUAAAGUUCGUUACAAUUUUUGUGUUAUUAUUUUUGUGUGUUUGAUAGUUUGUUUGUUUACAGAUUGGUAGAAGACAAAAACAACACGAAAAGAGAGAUACAAGCCAGGUUUGUUUGGUGUAAACAUAAAGCAAAAAUUGGUGGGAUGUGGUCUGCGAUGCAUGCAGACAGCCCACAGCCGCGUUCUGCACAGGAGAGAACCGUCACACUGGAUGACCUAUCAACACCUCAACUUCCUCAAACGGCAGUAUGUGUCAAAGAACCCGGCUGAGCUUCAGCAGCGUGCCGUUCCUAAACAGGUGCUUGCCGACGUGGACGACAACGGCGGCGAAGAGAGGCAGGUCCAAAGAAUCCCGACGAUCGAGCCCACGGUGCAGGACUUGCCCAACUCUGAGGUCGCUGAGGAAACAUCCAACCCGGCGACGACCUCAAAGGAGACGCCCCACGUGCAGGUGGAGACAGACGAAGCUCGAGAUGCGCGUCUGGACCGACAGUGGAAGCAAAUGAAAGUGGAAACGGCCGACCUGCCUGACAUCUACGCCCGAUUGGCCAAAAUCAAACUCACGGCGCUUGUGGUGACCACGGCGGCGGCUGGUUAUGCAAUGGCGCCGGUGCCCUUUGACCCCGUCAUCUUCUUGGUAACAUGUCUGGGGACAGGACUCGCCUCUAGUGCUGCCAAUUCCAUCAACCAGUACUUCGAGGUGCCUUUUGACUCCAACAUGAACCGAACCAAGAAUCGUCCACUAGUCCGAGGACAGAUCAGCCCCCUCCACGCUGUCACUUUUGCGUUGGCGUGCGGUGUGCCCGGCGUUAUGCUGCUGACUUGCGUCGUCAAUCCUUUGACGGGUUUCCUGGGCGCCCUCAACAUUUUGCUGUACACGUGUUGCUACACGCCGCUCAAGAGGCUCACCAUCGCUAACACGUGGGCUGGUUCCGUGGUGGGCGCCAUACCGCCCAUCAUGGGCUGGACGGCCGCCACGGGCUGCCUGGACCCAGGUGCCUUGCUGCUGGGCGGCUUUCUAUACAGUUGGCAGUUUCCACACUUCAACUCUCUCAGUUGGAACCUGAGGGAGGACUACUCGCGCGGCGGCUACCGCAUGAUGUCAGUCACGCACCCGGCAUUGUGCCGACGCGUGGCCCUGCGGCACAGCGUGGCGCUCAUAGGCCUCGCCGCCGCCGCGCCUGCAUUGGGCGUCACCACGUGGACCUUUCCACUCGUGUCGCUGCCCAUCAACGCAUACAUCACCCUGCUCGCCUUCCGAUUUUACAGGAAGGGUGACCGGGCUAGUGCCCGCAAACUAUUCUUCUGCAGCUUGUGGCACCUGCCCAUGCUGUUGCUACUCGCGCUCACGUGCAAGACGCCGCGCGACGACGACACAGCUAGCACAAGCUAACGCAAUCGCACGUAUGACGGACUCAUCACCAAGGAACACUUAAAGGCCUCAAUAUUUCCAUUGUAAAUAUGUAUUUAUUUAUAACAGGGCCCAGCACUACCUCUCUUGUAAGGCUGGGGUGUCAAACAGCCCACAUCGAAGGUAGGCCACCGUAAAACCUUCAUUGACUGUACAGAAAAUGCUACAUUUUAAUCACUUAAAACUGUCAUAUGACCAUCAGUCUAAUGGAAGAAUCGUAAAUUCUUUUGAUUGGUUGAAACCAGAAUGUAGAUGGACUUGAAGAGGAAGGACGUGAAACUGAGAUGUUGAUUCAUCAUGUCUUGUAAUGAUGCCACUGUAGUUUCUAUGCAAACUAUGUUAAGACAUCACAUUUUAAACUAUUAAAAAAAGACGAUCAACGCUA